UGGAGGUCCUUGUGCUACUGCCGUGGCUAUUUGUUAUUAUAACCGCUCAGGAUACAUUAUACAGCGUGGAUCAACUAUUACAAAGAGGAAUCAGCAGUGGCGACGGAGUUUCUACAUAUGCAGUGGAUGGCGAUGACGGCGCGAUCCAAUCCAACGAGGGCCUGAAUGCGAACCUUGAGGAACAACAGCAAAAAAAACUGCAAAACCUUGGAACUAUGUUUUUACGGAUGGCACAAGCAGCAGGAUUACGGGAAAAUAAAAUAAAACGCCCCCCUUAUCCCCCCACGAAUCCGCAUGGCGGUCCAGUGCAGAUGUACACGGUGUCCGGGGGACCGCUGCUGCCGGGACAACUCAUCGUGUCCGACUUCGACACUAGAAGGGGGGAAGAGGUCGACGUCGACACUAGAAGCGGGGGAGAGGUCGACUUUGAUCCUAGAAGGACGAUAAUAGAUGCUUCUGAUCCGACUGAAAAGCCUAAACGCAGGCCCUAUAUGAAGUUAAAAUUGCAAGGAUACGUUUACAGAAUGCGAUAAUUCAAAACUCCUAUAUAAGUUAAAAUUUCCUCAAAGUAACAUUAAAACUCCAAACCCCAAUUUGUGUUAAGUAUUUUAAUUUUUAAUAAUAUUGUUAACAAUCUAUAGCUACGUUUUAAUAACAAAAUAUCGGUACAAUAAAUAAAAAAACACUCUUAAAUUAUAUGUCAGUA